CUUUGCAUAGAACAGCUGAUGUCAGUGUAAACAGAAAACAGCGCUGUGUGUGAGAGACAGAGACAGAGACAUAUAGCUCAUCUGUUUCUUCAUCAGCUCAUUGUCAGUUGAAGGCGAUAAACGUGUAAAUGUGUGAGUGAGCGCGUGAUACAGUGUGAUGUGUCGGACUGUGUGUCGGACUGUGUGUGCUGCAGUCCAGCAGCAGGAAACGGCUCAGGGGGGGCUUUAGACAUCACAUGCAGGUCCACGGAGGGCCUGUGUGAGAACUCAACACCUUGGAUUUUACCUCUCAAGACUGGGACAGUUGAAGCAGGGUCCAUGGAGGAGCUCGAGCCAGAGGAGCAGUUCCUGAGUUUCGCCCGGAACGGAGAUCUGCCGGGGAUCCAGAGGCUCCUCAUGUCCAAGAUAAAGGGAGAGACGCAGAUUAACAUAAACUGCAGAGGGAAAAGAAAGUCUAACCUGGGAUGGACACCUCUUCACUUGGCCUGUUACUUUGGACACAAAGAUGUAGUGGAGGAAUUACUGAAGGCAGGUGCAGAUGUUAACUUACCCAAUAAUGUCGGAGACACACCGCUGCACAAAGCAGCCUUCACAGGAAGAAAGGAGGUUGUCAUGCUGCUGCUGCACUAUGAUGCAUGUGCUACUGUCAUCAAUGGGACAGCACAGAUUCCCAAAGAUGUCACUCAAAAUGCAGAGAUCAGAAGCAUGUUAGAAGCUGCCGAGAGAACCGAGGAGAGGAAACUGGAAGAGGAACUUUUGGAAGCUGCACGAGAAGGAGACCUUUCAACUUUAACUCAGCUGCUCAGCAGGAAGAAGAGCCCCGACAUCAAUUGCACAGACCUGCUGGGUAAUACUCCGCUGCACUCUGCAGCCUAUCGAGGCCAGAGACAGUGUGCCCUGAAGCUGCUUAAAAGUGGAGCAAGCCCCAACAUCAAGAACAAGAAAGGCCAGACAGCGUUUGACCUGGCUAGUGACACAGCAAUGAAGCUGGUCCUUGAAAGCAACGUUCAUCGGGGUAUGACCCGCCAAGUCAAAAAGUACGAAGGACUCCUCUGUAAGAGCUCCAGAUUCUUUGGCUGGCGCUCCUACUGGGUCGUCCUUCAAGACGGGGUUAUAUCCUGGUACUCAAAACAGUCAGAUGCAACUGAAAAUACCCGAAGGCAAGGCUGCAAGUCCCUCACACAUGCUCAGUGCUUGAUUCGAGCCAAAGACGGCUGCUCUUUUACCCUCAAGUGCUUCGAUGACGGCGUGCAUCACUUCAAAGUAUCGCCUAAAAGCGAGGCAGCGAGAAAAGCAUGGGUGGACGCAGUGGAGGAGCACUCAGCUUUCAGCACACACUACUGCUCCCAGGAACAGGGCAGCGAGGGCGAGGAGGAGGAAGUGAUGUCACUCGGGGAGCUAACAGACUCACUACAGGCAGCGGAGGCCAGCCAGAAGAAACUGGAAAAGGAGGUGGAAGAUUUCCUGUCCAUGGUGAAAGAUGACAGGCUGGCAGAACGGUUUCCAUCCAUCAUACCGCAGAAAUUGCAAGAAAUCUGUGAGUUGUCCAGCAAGACCAGUUCCAAUCUCAGUGUCUGUCUCAGCCUCCUCUCCAGACAGGAAGGGGUGCGCAGUCUGAAAUUGGAGCAGGAGGUAGAGAAGAAUAAGAUCCUCUCCGAAGCGCUGCAGACUCUCGCCACAGAGCACCACGAACUUGAGCAAUCAGUCGUCAAGGGAUCUUCACCGCGGAGUGCCCUCAGCGAGGAUGAGUUCCACGACGCCGUAUCUGAAUCUGACUCGGAGAUCUCCCUGAGCGGCUUUGAGACGGUGGCCAGCCGUUCCUUUGAGGAGGACGAGGAGGACGAAGGCUCUGUUAUGUUAGUAAGCAGCCCUUGCAGCAGCCCCACCAGCAUGUUGCAGGAGGAUCACCAUGGCGACAAGGACAAGACUCAACCCAACGGAAUUGCAAAGCAUAGGACCAGUUUGCCGGCACCAAUGUUUUCAAGAAAUGACUUCAGUAUUUGGAGUAUCCUGAGGAACUGCAUUGGAAUGGAACUCUCCAAGAUUACAAUGCCAGUGAUUUUCAACGAACCGCUCAGCUUCUUGCAGCGUCUGACUGAGUACAUGGAGCACACUUACCUCAUUCACCAGGCCAACACCGCAUCAGACUCUAUUGAGAGGAUGAAGUGUGUGGCUGCGUUUGCAGUGUCCGCUGUCGCCUCCCAGUGGGAGCGGACAGGUAAACCCUUCAACCCUCUGCUGGGAGAAACCUAUGAGCUUGUCAGAGAUGAUCUGGGCUUCAGGCUCAUAUCGGAGCAGGUGAGCCACCACCCUCCGGUCAGCGCCUUCCAUGCUGAGGGCCUGAAGAAAGACUUUGUGUUUCAUGGAUCCAUCUACCCCAAACUUAAGUUCUGGGGCAAGAGUGUGGAAGCAGAACCGAAAGGUGUCAUCACGCUGGAGCUGCCCAAGUACAAUGAAGCCUACACAUGGACGAACCCUACAUGUUGUGUUCACAACAUCAUUGUGGGCCAGCUGUGGAUCGAGCAGUAUGGAAAUGUGGAGGUGAUCAACCACAGAACUGGUGAAAGGUGCUGCCUGAAUUUCAAACCAUGUGGCCUUUUCGGCAAAGAACUGCACAAGGUUGAAGGGUAUAUUCUGGAUAAAAGCAAAAAGAAGCUGUGUGCUCUCUAUGGGAAGUGGACAGAGUGCCUGUAUGUUGUGGAUCCUGCUGCCUUUGAGGCACAUAAGAAAAACGACAAGAAAGGCGCAGGGGAGAAAAAAAGCAGCAAAGCGGGUUGCAGUGAAGAUCAGGAAGAGGUUCCUUCUCCAGCUGCAGACACCGUGGAGAUGAUUCCUGGCAGCCAGCUGCUGUGGAGAAUCGCACCCAGACCGGCCAACUCUGUCGAGAUGUACAGCUUCACAUCCUUUGCGAUGCAACUAAACGAGCUGCGUACGGAGAUGGAGGGAGCCAUCCCUCAGACGGACUGCAGGCUGAGGCCAGAUAUCAGAGCCAUGGAGAACGGUGACAUCGACCUCGCCAGUGAGGAGAAGAAAAGGCUCGAGGAGAAACAGAGAGCUGCUCGCAAAAACCGCUCCAAAUCUGAUGAAGAGUGGAAGAUGAGGACUCCUGCCCUGGGCCCAAGGUGGUUUCAGCAGGGGCAGAACCCCCACAACAGCUCCCAGGACUGGCUCUUUUGUAGUGGAUACUGGGACAGAAAAUACAGCCAGCUGCCAGACAUUUACUAAUGGAUAUUUCCUGCUCAGAGAAAUUAGCACCAUACAGUGUCCUUUGUACGCAGCAGCAUAAACUGUGUUUUCCUUUUUUAAUGGAAUAGCUACAGUAAUUACAAACAAUAUGCAAACACUUUACUUAAACUGUGUGGCCUUAAUCUACUACAUGGUGGUAAGAUUGUGGCAUAGAAAUGUCAAUAAUCCAUAUUUAAAAGUUAUGAAAUGUAAAGUUGUUUGACAAUGCUUUGAAAUGUAGUAUUUGUAUUUACGUUGAGAACAGUUUGUUUCUGUUUAUGAUGGACUUUUAGCACAGCGGAGAGGUCCUUAUGCACAGAGGUUAUGGUUGUAUCUGUCUUCUUUUAAAUGUUCAGUGUCUUGACUCUAAAUGUAUAUCUGUAUAUAUAUACUUUACACAAAUUCAACCACCAGUGACCUCAGCUUGUCGUUCAAAUUUCCUCUGGACUCCAAAUUAAACACAAAACCAAUAGUAGUCAGUAAAUACGAGGUUGAUGUGGAUGUUGUUUCUCCUAAUGUAUUUUAUCUAAGUUGAAGUUGAGGUUAUAGGUCACACGAUUUAGAUUUCGAAGGUGUUUUGCCUCCUUAAAGAGCAUUGAAAGUAUUUUACUGUACAUUUAAAUAAAACACUCCAAUGUAUCAAG